CUCCUCUUGAAAUACGACCAAAAGUCUACAUGGUACAAAUUGAGACCAAUACAUCAGUUAUUUAUCAUUUAUAUGUUAGUAAUAAUGAGACAGUAAAACCUGUUAAUUGGUCGUAUACAAUCCUACAAGUAACACCUGAUCUUGAUGCUUACAUUAACCAAAUUGGUUUUGAUGGUCAACUAAUGAUUACACCAUUAUUUAGACAGUAUCGUAAACCAGGCAGUUUAAUGCUACAAGUAUGGAUUAAAAGUGCUUACAAUGAGGGAUUUAUUGAAACA